AUGGCCGACGUCAGAUCACUACUCCGCAAUGAGUUAGCUUCGCGCAAGGGUACCUCGCAGCCGAACACGACAGGAAACCGAGUGACAAAAAAGCGCAAGGUCGACAGCUCAGACGGGGUGGUUCGCAAGAAGCUGCGUGCGACAGAAUUGGAUGCCUUCCAGUCUGCAUCAGACGCACCGAGCACCGAGCAGACCACAGCAGAUGAAGGCUCAGAACAAAUUGAGGACGAUACCACGGGCCCAGAACCUCCACUGGAUGAAGGACAGGAAGUCCCUCAAUCAGUCACAAAUCCCGCCGAGCAACAAGAAACCACGCCAGAGCAACCACCGCAGCCUACAUCGGUGGAUGAGGAUGAGUGGGCUGCAUUCGAGCGCGAAGUCGCCGAGCCUUCUCGGGCACCUCAUGCACCCGCCGCCGUCGCGGCGGAAGCCACUAUCUCCGCUGCACCCAUCACAGCCGAGGAAAUCGCCGCACAGCAAAAGAAAGCGAAGGAAUCGGCAGCCCGCAGCCGGGAGGCCGAGUUGGAGGGUGAACGGGAAGAUGCGGCGCGGUUGAUGGAGGAGGAAUUCGAUGAGAUGGAGCAGUUGGAGGAGCGGGUCCGAAAGCUCAAACAGCAACGCGAAUCACUACGGAAAACACGGGCAGAUAAUCCAACGCCUACGGAGCCAGCGUCUGGGUUAGAACAAGAAGAUGCCGAGAGCGAGAGCGAGAGCGAAGAUGGCGAGGACGACGAUGAGGAUUGGGAUGAAUGGAGAUUUAAGUGA